UGCCGGGUAAUAAACUAGAGGGGAGAGGUGGGGUGGGACCCAUGGUGGGGUAGCUUGAGCUUUAUCUUGAGCUUCGCACAACGCGCUGAGGACACAUCCCGUACACAAUGCCCGGACACGACCGAACACCACCGCCGUUGCCGACGCCAGCGGAGGAAGAGACCGCUGCUCUCAAAGCGCGAAUCCUCAAACUCGAAGCUGAACUCGCGCAGUACCGCGCCCUAUACCCGCCGCCGCCGCCACCACCGCCUGCGCCUAGCUCCAAGCCCUCGAUUUCCUCGCAACCCACCACCACCACCCUCACCCCCGACGAAUACAUCCGGUACGGGCGGCAACUAAUCCUGCCCUCGAUCGGGCUCCCGGGGCAACUCGCACUAAAAUCCAGCCGGAUCCUGAUCGUCGGCGUCGGCGGCCUCGGCUCGCCCGCCGCGCUCUACCUUGCCGCGGCCGGGAUCGGCACCCUAGGGCUCCUCGACCACGACACCGUCGAGCUCUCCAACCUGCACCGGCAGAUCCUGCACCCGACGUCGCGCGUAGGCCUGCCAAAGGUCGUCUCCGCGGCGCGCGCACUGCACGAUGUCAACCCCGCCGUCAACGUGAUCCCACUCAACGAGGCGCUGGCGGCCGAGAACGCCCUCGAUAUCGUCACGAAGGAGAAGUGGGAUGUCGUGCUCGACUGUACGGAUCAUCCCGCCCUAAGAUACCUCGUCUCGGAUGCGUGCGUGCUGGCGGGAAUACCGCUGGUUAGUGCGAGCGCCCUCAGGAUGGACGGCCAGAUCAUGGUGUUUAAUGACCCGCCGGGCGUGGGGCCGUGUUACAGGUGUGUAUGGCCGCGGCCGCCGCCGGCGGAGUCGGUGGUGUCGUGUGGUGAGGGCGGGAUUCUGGGGCCGGUCGUCGGCGUGAUGGGGGUGAUGCAGGCGCUCGAGGCGGUGAGGUUGGUGGUUAGGCGGGGGAGCGCGGGGGAGCACGGGAAUAGGAUGUGUUUCUUCUCGGCCGCGGCGGAGACGCAGUGGAGGAGCUUGAAGAUGCGGGGGAAGAGGAGGGGGUGUGUCGCUUGUGGGGAGACGCCGGCCGUCACGAGGGACGGGAUCACCGCCGGCGGGAUGCAGGAGUAUAUUGCUUUUUGCGGCAGGAAGGCGGCGGCGUCGGCGACGCUGCUACGCCCCGAGCAGCGGCUCUCGGUGCAGCAGGCCAGGACCGAGGUGGACUCCAUGGACGCGGUCAUAGUUGACGUGCGGGACCCGACGCAGUUCGGGAUCUGCGCGCUGCCGAGGAGUAUCAACGUCCCGUUCGAUCAGUUCGCAUCCUCGGGAGGGAUUCCGGCAGAGAUGGAGCGGCUGAUGGCCGCGCAGAAGAAGUUGGUCGUCGUCUGCAGACUGGGGAAUGAUUCGCAAACGGUCACGAAGAGGGUGCUGGAUACCGGGUUUACGGGAGAGGCCUACGAUGUCAUAGGCGGCAUCAGGCAGUGGGCGAAACAAGCGCCCGAGGAUGGCGUCGUCGAGUAUUGAGCUGACUGGCUAUCGAUAACCAUGAAUCAUCACGUCGUGCCUUCAGCGUCUGUUUGAGCUGUCCGGUGAGAGUGAGACUAUUAUCUACCCCAGAAAGCCGUAACUAUUGCCUUAACUUGCCUUAACUUGCCUUAACUUGCCUUAACUUGCCUUAACUUGCCUU